AUGGCGAAGCAAUCAAAACAAGAAAACGAUACUGGCAGUGUCAAAUCAAAAUACUUUUCAAUCGAAACGUACUUUAAGACACCUGCCAAUGUCAACAAGAGACUCAAGCCAAGCACAUCUGAUUUGCAAGUGGAGAGAGCUAUCAAGCAACAGGAAGAGAAGAAGGAGCGUUGCCCAUUGUGUCAAUUGUGGAUUCUGACCGAGUCCAUAUCAAUGGAGGUUCAUGUGAAUCAAUGCCUGGAUAUGGAGCAGGAGAGAGAAAAGGAGAACAUUCCACCAUUGCUCAUGUCUUUUAGCGAGAAAAGCUCAUGUUUUUCAUCAGACGACAAUAACAUUCGCAAGAAGGGUAGUUUCAGAGUUGCAGCCGCGGUCGAAAACUGUCAAGAGAAAACGGAAGAGAUCCAAGACACAGUGGCAUCCUCCAUCGACAGCAGUAACGGCAGCCGUUCUAUUGAGAGCUCCUUGCUUGAUGAUGACGAUGAAAGUAAGAAAUAUGUUGCCAAGUGUGAUACAGAGAGUACAAAGACAAUCAGUGUGCAACCCUCCUCCUGGCGAAGCAUGUUCUCAUCCACCAGUCUGACCACAUCUGUCACAACAAGGAUCCUUGGAGCAAAAGAUAUUAAUGCCAGUCUGCCUGCAGCAACAGCGCUCUUGCCUCAAAAGAAGAAGCAAAAGCCAUGCCCAUUCUACAAACGGGUUCGUGAUACUCGAUUUACUGUGGAUGCUUUCAAUUACGGUAAAAUCCCUGAUUGUGAUGGCUAUUUCCUAACACAUUACCAUGCGGAUCAUUAUGGUGGUUUAAGAGCAAGUUGGUCUCAUGGCCCUAUUUAUUGUUCUCAAGUGACAGCCAACCUUGUGAAACAGGAGUUGCGUGUCGAUUCACGUUAUGUUCAUCCACUACCUAUGAAUCAACUGUAUCCAAUUGCAGAGUCUAAUGUCCAAGUGGCCUUGAUUGAUGCUAACCACUGCCCGGGAUCCGUCCUGUUCUUGUUUGUGGUUGACAAGAAGCGACACUUGCAUACAGGCGACUUCAGAGCUGCGCCUCGAAUGUGUUUACAUCCUCUCAUCAAGCAGCCCGAAAACCCCCCUAUUUCUUGUCUCUAUCUGGAUACCACUUACUUGAGCCCGCAAUAUGCCUUUCCAGCGCAAGAGGAAUGUAUCCAGGCUGUAUGUAAUGUAGUGAAGAAGGAAUUGGCACCCAAGAUCAAAACGCCCUCUCUUUUGGAAUCUUGGAUUUCUAUAAAAAGACCUGUAUUGAAGGAAGAACAACCAAAUGAUCCCAUGACCACCAAGGAUGCCUUUAAAUUAAUGAUGAAUCAAAACAAGGCGACAGCAUCCCGAGUCCUGAUUGUAGUUGGCACCUACACCAUCGGCAAAGAGCGAGUCUUUAUCAGCAUUGCCCGCAUGCUCAAAUGCAAGAUUUAUGCUCCUUACAAGAAAAAGCGUAUUCUGUUGUGUCAAGAAGAUGACGAACUCAAGAGCAUGCUCACCAAUAAUCCGAGUGAAGCACAGGUGCAUGUUGUACCACUCAGAGAUAUUCGUGCUGAUAUCAUGUCAAACUAUCUCAAAGAGCACCAAGCACAUUUCACAUCACUCAUUGGUUUCAAGCCUACAGGAUGGACGUUCAAAUCAACCUCUUCGCAGACAUCAGAUAUGAAAUUAGCUCCACUAUCCGAAAUCAUCAUACCACCUGCUGAUAGAACGGUUCAAAUUGAGCCUUACUAUAACCGAAAUGAUAUCAAGCUAUAUGGCGUACCAUACUCUGAACACUCGAGCUUCAGAGAACUAGCCUCCUUCAUAGCCAGCAUGAAUAUCUAUCAUAUUAUACCCACCGUCAACCUGAGCCAAGUCCAAGCCAUGUCCGCCUACUUUGAUAAAUGGCAGGAGGAGAAGAUGGCCAAAAGAGUUACAGUUGUGAGAUAUCCAAAUCAAGAAUAUUGGUAA